ACCUGUGAAAAAUUUAUAUCUAGCCUCUAUGCAUAAUUCCACACACCUCGUACAGAUUUACAAUUUAUCAAUUUCCUUGAAGUUUGAUAGUCAUCAUAAUUCAUAAUUGUCUCUGCUCAUAUCAAGGCUGGACAAUAUUUGUAUUUAAAUUUAAAAAAAAAAUAAAAAAAAAAAUUCAAAUUACCAGUCAUUUUCCAUGAUCCGGAUAAGAUUUGGAUAAAAAAUCGAUAUUGCAGUUAAUUAGUUACACAAUCAAUACAAGUCCCAGACCAAUUUGCUAGUAUUUUUUUAGCAUGGCAAGACUUUCUUUUCUCAUUAAUAUUGUUUGACCUCAAAAGACAAAAAAUACAAGUAAUAUGCAGCUUCAGCCAUUCUUUAUAGCUUGCAACAAUUUCACGCUUGUCAAUGCACAAAUUUGAAAAUUAGUAUAUGACGUUAUGUUUUGAAAUAAAUUGGAAACCUAUACUAACCAAUUCUUCCAACUUAGCCAACUAUUUAUUAUUAAAAAAAUAGAUUCAUUGCAAUAUUAGACAAUGAAAAUACAUUUUAACUAAAUUAACUAACUAUUCAUAAUAAAAUAAUCCUUGUAUUUUCUCUUCCUCUAAACAAAUUCUUGUAUAUAAAUGCAUGUAGAAUAGUCCUUAUGAAUAAUAAAAAAUCAAUCUUUAACAUGUACCGGAAUACAAACAUUAAUAACAUGGAAAAUAAUAUCAGAGUUUACAAUAAUAUUACUAAAUAUUUUCAAAUUUCUCUUCUUAUGUUUGACUUUUUGGAAUUACCCCCUUUUAUCAUGGGAUAAAGUAGAUUUUAGCUAAAUAUAAGCACAACAUAUAUGGGUGGGAAAAAUUGGAUGCCCAAGAAAGCAAAAAAAUAAAAGAAAUAAGGGAAAAGAAAAAGAUGAAGCACAUUGACUCGAGGAAAUUAAGGUGGAUAAUUUUCUCUUUCAUUUCUUUCUCAAAAAUAAUGUAGAGAAUUAGAAAACAACCAGGAAUAACAUGAGGCCAAAUUUGAGUUUAGAUCAUUAUGCAUGCAUUUGCAUGCAUAAGAUUAAUUAACAGAGAAAGAAAAGGAGGUGAAAAGGGGGAAAAAAAAAAAAAAAAAAAAAAAAGAUAUAGAAAGGAGGAACGUUUUGCAAUGUGGGGAUCAAAAGUGAAUGCUGGAAAGAAAGCAGAGGACCGCGGGCUGGUGGCUGUGGCAAUAGACAAGGAUAAAGGCAGCCAAUAUGCCAUCAGAUGGGCCACUGACCACCUUCUUGGUCGAGGUCGGCCGGUUGUCCUGAUACACGUUUCCGCUGAUUCUUCUUAUGCAGCGGGCAGUUCUGCUAUUGUAUCAACAUCAAGUCCAGGCACAUCACCAAACUAUCAACAAGUUGACAGGAAGACUAAGGACCUGUUCCUCACAUUUCGCUGCUUUUGUACUCGCAAGGAUAUACGCUGCAUAGAUGUCACACUCAAAGAUAACGAUGUAGGCAGGGCUCUAAUAGAAUACACAAAUUAUGCUGCAAUUGAGAAUUUGGUUCUUGGUGCUUCAAAAGGUGGAUUUAUCAGAAAAUUCAAGAGUGCAGAUAUACCAACAAUGGUGUCAAGAGGAGCACCUGAUUUCUGCACUGUUUAUGUAAUCUCCAAGGCAAAGAUGUCAAGUGUACGCAAUGCAUCACGACCAGUUCCACACAUGUCCCCUCUUCAGAGCUACAUAGAAAACAUAGUCAAAGACAAACCUAAUGUCUCCACACCUGUUUCAACACCGCCACGACGUAGUAUGAGCAUUAGAGGGGAUAGGCCUUCAUUCACACGUACACCUCCAAGAGAAGAAAAAGACUUGAGGUUAGACAGAUGGAAUGAAAGGCUGAUGUUGAGUGAAUUUCCAGAAAGUGAAACAGAUAUAUCCUUCGUGAGCUCUGACAGAACAAGUGUUGACCGCCUUUCUAUGCAAUACGACUACAUGGAUAUAACACGUACACCAAGAUUUUCUUCUACUUUAGAUUACAGUUAUGGGUCUUCUAGGGGUGGACAAAGGAUAUAUGAUACUAACCUAAGGCCUGAAAUUUCAUACACAUCACAAGACAGUGGAUGGACUUCAGUUUCUUCACAGCAUAGUGAAGAUACAGAUGCUGAGAUGAGGAGGUUAAAGCUUGAGCUAAAGCAAACCAUGCAGAUGUAUGGUGAAGCCUGCAAAGAAGCAGUUUUUGCGAAAGAGAGAGAAAGACAACAAGCAAUGGAGCUCCACCGAUGGAGGCUAGAAGAAGACAAAAAAUUGAAAGAAGCAGGAACUCCUGAGGAAGUUGCAAUGGUGCUUGCUGAGAGAAAAAGAGCAGAAAGGGCAGCAGCACUGCAGGAAGAAAGAAAACUAAGUGCAGGAAACACAGAAUACAGACCAACUCAUAGUGCCUUAAGUUACAAGAGGUACAACAUUGAAGAAAUUGAAACAGCAACGGAUAAUUUCUCUGCAUCCCUUAAGGUUGGAGAAGGAGGCUAUGGACCUGUAUUUAAGUGUUAUCUUGAUCAUACAAGAGUUGCAGUGAAAGUUCUACGUCCAGAUGCCUCUCAAGGAAGAUCGCAAUUCCAGCAGGAGGUUGAAGUACUGAGCUGCAUCAGGCACCCCAAUAUGGUUCUUCUCCUAGGUGCAUGCCCAGAAUAUGGUUGCAUUGUUUAUGAAUACAUGGCCAACGGUAGUUUAGAUGACCGUCUGUUUCGUCGAGGGAAAACCCAACCCCUUACUUGGCAAGUUAGGUUCCGAAUUGCAGCAGACAUUGCAACAGGACUGAAUUUCCUCCAUCAGACAAAGCCAGAACCGCUAGUUCAUCGUGACCUAAAACCAGGGAAUAUACUUCUGGAUAGGUAUUAUGUUGCUAAGAUUGGAGAUGUUGGAUUGGCAAGGCUGGUGCCCCCGUCCGUUGCUGAUCACAUAACACAAUAUUGCAAGACAUCAGCUGCUGGGACUUUCUGCUACAUCGAUCCAGAGUAUCAGCAAAGUGGCAUGCUUGGCGUUAAAUCUGACGUCUAUUCACUAGGGAUUGUGCUUCUCCAACUACUAACUGCUAAGCCACCAAUGGGUUUGGCUCACCAAGUGGAACAUUACAUUGAGAAGGGAACAUUUGCUGAUAUACUGGAUCAGUCGGUACCUGAUUGGCCGGUGGAGGAAGCCUUAAGUCUGGCAAAGGUUGCUAUUCAAUGUGCUGAGUUGAGGAGGAAAGAUCGACCAGAUCUUGAGAGAGUUGUCUUGCCAGAGUUAGAGAGGUUGAGAGACUUUGCUGACGAAAGAACACAUCAUUUCAUGUUUGUUGCCACACCAGAACCUUCCCCUGUCCACAGCCAGACAUCCAUGUCACAGAGCGAAGCCUCUAAUUCAAUUCCGAGCAGCACAAAGGCCCCCUCAUCUACAACAUCAUCAAGAGCAAAUGCAGAUGAAACAGAAUAAAGAAAAGAGAUGACUUACAAGUUUUUGACAACAUGUUGAGCUACCCCCAAUCAGUUUAGCCAACUUAUCUCAUACAACAUGUCAAAACUGUCAAUUGCUGAAGCCUGUUAAUAAGCGUAACUAAAGAGCUGAUGUUUAGCAUGUGCUAUAGUUACCUGGAAACAUAGAUUUAAAGGGAAAAAAAGGAGGGGG